CGGAGCACACAACUGGUUGUGGCUUUCACGAGGCAAGAACGUCGGCCGCGCUCCUCCGCUGCACGAGUGCAUUCUCGCUCCGUUCUACGAAUUUCGAUUCCCGCAACCGUUUUCUCUCUUGCUUAGAACGAGGAGACCCUGUCGAUGCGCCUACAUUCGAUCGAGUGUCGUGACGCGAUUCAAGGAAAGGGAGUUCUCCGUUCGAACUGUCAAAAAUCUAAUUAAGUCGGGAGAAGUGCGGUAUUAUCGGGAUUCGUGGCCGGGUAUCUCGAACCGGUCGUGAAGAACGCGACUGAACAAGGAACUGUCACGUGCACCAGCAUCCGUGAAAUCGGCAUCGAUUUAUGAGCACCUCGUCGUGGACCAUGAGCCGGGUUAGAAGACUUUAACACUGUUUACAGCACAACGUAACACGCGUCUGCGGCUACCAGGCUUCGUACCAGCGGUUAAGCACGUGGUGGACACGAUGCUCCUAAAAUUGGCAGUGUUGCUGUUCGUGCUCGUACGGCCAGGUGCAAGCUACUUCAACCUUUUUCUCAGCCAGGCAGAAGUGCGGAAACUAAUGGGUCUCCAAGCGGAAUUAUUUUACGUACGGGAGGGCGUUAUUAACGAGUACGCCAUUAAGUUCGUCGUGCCAGUGCCAGCGCAGGUUCACAAGCUGCAUUUCACUUGGGAAAAUCUCGCCGGCAGACCGUUGCCGUACACGAUGUCCGUGGACAUUAGCAACCCGUCAGCUCUAAGCAGUUCUCUAAACAUAUCACAAGCCGGCGAAAUUCCUGUUGGCGGUCUACAGACCUGGGCUUUGGCGUUGCAUUGUGGACCGUACGAUGCGGAAGUCGAUCUGAGCCUCCGGAUAAACGUGUCGUUGUCGCGACGAAAUACGACGAGUCUGGACUUCAGACGAAAGAAAAUCUGUCUGAAAGAUAAGAGCAACAUAGAGGCCGAGGAAGUCCUUGUAGCGGCUUCCGGAUCCACUUCUGGCGGACAAGUGUUCUACGCCGCGAUCGGUUGCGCGUGUGCCUUCAUCGCUGCCAUUUUCGUACUCGUUAUCGCUUACUACGUCCGCGACAAGAAGACCCGGAGGCAUCGGGAUCCUCUUCAGGAAUCGAGGGGACUCAGUUCGGCGUGCAGCGUAGAAAGGGGAACAGGAGUCGGACCUGCACAAACCUUUUUGUCACCCGAAACACCACCACCUGCGUCUGCAACUUCUACCUCUACUUAUAGAAGGCUGGACGAUCGACCCAGCAGAGAAUUACACGAACGAAUUCAAGAAAUCACUGUCCAAAGAUGCAGGGUACGCCUCCUUAGCAUCGAGAUGGAGGGCACAUUUGGUCGCGUGUACAGAGGCAGUUAUCACGAGGAGGGCGCGUCCUCCCCGAGGGAUGUCCUAGUGAAGACUGCUGCCGAGCAUGCAUCGCAAUCGCAGGUCGCUCUUCUCUUACGAGAGGGUUUAGCGCUGUACGGUUUAAGUCAUCCAGCGUUGUUACCCGUUUUGGGUGUCUCCAUCGAAGACAGAAGCGCACCCUUUCUCUUGUACCCGCACACCGGUUACAAGAACAUGAAAAGGUUCUUGCUGAGGUGCAAACUGAGCAGCGAAGGGCCACCGAGAGCACUCACCACACAAGAAGUCGUGGAAAUGGCACUUCAAGCUGCCAAAGGGGUCCAGUAUCUUCAUAGGAAGCGGCUCGUGCAUAGAGAUUUGGCCGCCAGAAAUUGUGUCGUCGACGAUGAUCUGAGGGUUCAAAUCACGGACAACGCGCUCGCCAGGGACCUGUUUCCACAAGACUAUCAUUGUCUCGGCGACAAUGAGAAUCGUCCGAUAAAGUGGCUCGCCAUUGAGAGUCUGGUUAAUAAAACCUUCAGCACUGCCUCCGACGUGUGGGCAUUCGGAGUAUUGUUAUGGGAGCUGACAACGUUGGCGCAGCAACCGUACGUAGAAGUAGACGCGUUCGAGAUGGCUACUUACCUCAGAAACGGAUACAGACUGGCACAACCAAUAAAUUGUCCAGACGAGUUGUUCGCCGUUAUGGCUUACUGUUGGGCAAUGUCCGCGGAUGAAAGGCCGACGUUUAGUCAGCUGAUCGUCUGCCUCCAAGACUUCCACACUCAAUUGACCAGAUACGUUUAAUCAUAUCGAGCCCGAACCCGCUGGGCAGCUCGUAGGAAGAAGACCGUCGAUCUCCCAACGAAUACAAAUAAAAUUAUUGGGAGCACGUGUACAUAGUUAGUGAUACUUAAACGGCAAUGUUAAGAUUUUCAGUCAACUAAAUAUUCGUGAUUAUAGAAAUAUACGCAGCUGGCAAAAUUGUAACAAUUUUAUAGUCGCGAUUUAAAUGAAGUACGUGAAUCACAAUAAAAGUAUUUAUAAAAUGCAUUUGUUGUUAAUGUAAAAUUGUUAUAAUUUUGCUGCGUAUUUAUAGUUCUGCUUGUACUUUUUAAAACAAUAAAGGCAAAGUCCUUGUCGCAAAGCUCGUUUUUAUAGAGUUUUCCAUAUAAGUCGGUCUUAAAUGUAUUAAAAGUAGGUACAAACAGGUAUUUAACAAAUCACGGUAGAAAUUGGCUUAUUACAAUGCACAAAGUUUCUACGUUAAGACUGAACCGAAUAUCUAGUAUAUGCUUCCAUUGUUCUGUUCAAUGAAUUGCAAUACCAUUUCGUAGCACCUGUAUUUGAAGGAACUGCCAAAUCCUGAAUGAACCUAAACUGCCAAUUCCGUGCUCAGGAAACCGUGUAAUUGAGGGAAAAAAUGAGUGUCGGAUAUUUUUAAACGAUGUGAUACGCUUCGCUUGCCACAGGAUGAGUGUUUCGAGUGUGCCAAUGUCUCCUUUUGUAUUUUUGUAUAUAUCUACAUAUAUAUGUACAUGCGUAUGUCUGCACGUUAGAUAUAAAUAGCGGACUGGGAACCGUAACAGUAUGCAAAUUUUUCUAAUAUAUUUAAUCACAUAUUUCAUUUAUAAAAAUUAGUUAUUUUCUAAAGAUUAAUAUGAUGUAUGUAUAUUUUGUUGAUUCAACUUUAAGGAAAGUAUCUGUUGUAAAAUUGAAUAUAGAAGAAAUUUUAUUAAUCUGUUAACUGUUUCGAUUUUCAGUCCCUCAAAUAGAGAAUCGUCAUUGGCGAGAAAUGUGUACAUAGUGAACGUAAAAUGUAAUGUACAAAUAGUAAACGUUACAAACAUAAUAAAUCGAUUGAUAUACAA